AGCAGGUUCUGUUUCCUUAUCAACCUCAACACCCCCACCACUUCUCAUCCAAAGGACUUCUGAACUCACUACCAAUUGGUGGGGGAUAAGAGAUUUUCUGGUUUGCCCUUUGCCAAUAUUUACGUGAGGGUGUCAUUGAAGCAAGUUUCUCCAUCCAAUUGUCUGUUUCAUGCAACAUAAUCUGUCAUUUUAGUCUAUAAACAAAGAAUCAGAUCAAUUCAAGAAAGUGUGAUUAUGCCUUUCGGAUUGGUUUCAGCGUGGAACAAGCGCCGGAGAAGCAAGUCUCAUGAUAAUGCAGACCCUUGGAUUUACAAACCUGUGGAACUUUGGCAACUUGAAGAUCAAACACCCCAACCCGCGAAAAGGCACCAUGGUUCAUCAGUAUUCACACUAAAGGAGAUGGAAGAGGCAACAAAUGCAUUCAGAGAUGAGAAUCUGCUUGGCAAAGGAGGAUUCGGCCGAGUUUAUAGAGGCACUUUGCGGUCAGGAGAGGUUGUAGCAAUCAAGAAAAUGGAGCUGCCACCAUUUAAAGCAGCUGAAGGGGAGCAUGAGUUUCGGGUCGAAGUUGAUAUCUUGAGCAGACUCGACCACCCAAAUCUGGUGUCCUUGAUAGGCUAUUGUGCUGAUGGAAAGCACAGAUUUCUGGUCUAUGAAUAUAUGCACAAUGGGAACCUGCAAGAUCACUUAAAUGGAAUUGGAGAAGCAAAAAUGGAUUGGCCUAGAAGGCUCAAAGUGGCACUUGGAGCUGCAAGGGGACUUGCUUAUCUCCAUUCAAGUUCUUCGGUUGGGAUUCCAAUCGUUCAUCGAGACUUUAAGUCCACCAAUGUCCUUCUAAAUGCCGACUUUGAAGCAAAAAUAUCUGAUUUUGGGCUUGCCAAGUUAAUGCCAGAGGGCCAGGAGACCUAUAUGACGGUUAGAGUGCUUGGUACAUUUGGCUAUUUUGAUCCUGAGUAUACAUCGACAGGGAAACUCACUCUACAAAGUGAUGUUUAUGCAUUCGGAGUGGUUCUUCUUGAGCUUUUGACUGGACGUCGAGCUGUGGACUUGAACCAGGGACCAAAUGAUCAAAACCUUGUACUACAGGUAAGGAACAUAUUGAAUGAUAGGAAGAAACUGCGUACGGUGAUAGAUCCUGAGCUGAACCGAAGUUCAUACACAAUGGAGUCUAUAGUCAUGUUUGCAAACUUGGCAUCAAGGUGUGUCCGUGUAGAGAGUAGCGAGAGACCCUCAAUGGCAGAUUGUGUAAAAGAACUCCAAGGGAUUAUUUAUAUAAAUUCAAAAGGCUCGCGCACAGCUAUGCACACUUUGAGAAUGGUCUAACAAAGCCAGAUGUUUAAACGGCAGGAUGUAACUGUGUGAAUAAAAAAGAUCCUUACUUCUUUUGUUAAUGAUUUAUUGAAACUAGGGAGCUUGUGAUCCUACAAACUCAACAAUCUAACAAUGAAUUUAUUUGGUAAGGAUCCAUGACAAAGAGAAAGCACUUGAAUAGAUUAUCAGAAACAACAGCAGCAAUCCAAAAAAGAUCAAGUUGAAGAUGGCUUUUCUGCGUACAACCAAGAGAACCUAGCAAGUAAAUCAACAAUAAGGCAUCAUUUCCAGCUAUAUCCAGUCUCCUGGUACCAUCUGUCCAUCACCACUUUGUUUUGGAAUGUUCUACUUGGUGACCUGUGCUACCACACUGGUUCUGUUUCUAGGCCUACUGCUACACGCUAUACACUAAUUAAAUUCAAAAAAUAUGUGAUAUAUAUCCAUAUAAAGCUAUAACGUUAUUGGUGUUCAUGGAUUUGAUUCACAGCCUCAUUAAGUCUCUGAUACAGAGCCAUAUACCUCAGAGAAAAUAAAGCAUAAGGCAGAAAACAGGGAUUUUACAGAAAAAU